AUGGGGUCCCCCAUCGACCUGGGUUGAGUUGAGGGAAGGACCUUGGCAGCCAGGCAGCCAAGGCUUGGCUGCCCCUGGGCCGGGUAUGUCAGGGACUUCCCAGCCUAGCCCUGUACUGCAGGAGGCUGGGGAGGGGUCCCCAGGUAGGGCCCAGUCCUCCCUCAGACCCACAAAGCAGGUGACCCAGGGCACACCUAUGCCUGCCACCUCUCUGGCAGGUGGCACUUACAGGGCCCUCCACACACAGCAGACCAGGCCUUAGCUGCCCAAGCUUCCCCAUCUCCCUUUCCUUGGUCCUUCAAGUGUGGUGAACUCGUGAAGGAGGGGAGACUAGUGGGUAGCCCAAACCAAGAUGUGUGCUGAGAGCUGGCCAUGUCUCCAGAGCCUCGCAUUUGUGCAGAAACUCUCUUGGGGUAUCAGGCCCCUGAACUCACCCACCCUGCCCCACAGAAGGAUCCUGUGAACUCUUGGGGCCUGAGGAUUCAAGCUGAUGUCAGCCUUUGGGCAAUUCACAUAGUCAUUUGGCAAACACCGAGCACUGACCAUGAACCACGUGGUUGGGAUCCGCCCCUGGACAGCCAGUCUGCUGGGGACAUGGCCAUGAACCCGUAACACAGUUUGAGACCAAUAAAUGCCAUAAAGAGGAAACAGGACCUGUGGUGGAGGUGGCCUGGUGAGUGUCUAGGGUCUAGGGUCUGGGAGUCUCAGCAGCAGACCUCAGGCUGGGGUGACAUACUAUCCUGUCUCCCCUCUGUGGAUGCUGUACUUUUGGCAGGGCAAGGAUGUGACAUGGAGUCUGCCCACAUGGCCAGAGUCCUGAGCAUGAAGAUAUAGCUUUGGGCAGCUAGAGCUUCCAAUGAUAGGUACCCUGGGUCUCAGUCUCAAACACCUUGCUCUCUAGGUCAGUCACCCCUUUUUUUAAUUCUCAGUGACCAGAAGGCUCACCAGAUUCAGACUGUGGUUUUUAGCCCCAGCCAGGGGGAGAGGUGGAAGAGGAGGCCUCCAAAUGCUAUAUGAGUGUGCAGGCACCUCACAGAUAGGGGUUGCAAGGCCAGACUCCUAGACAGAGCUGCAGCAGAUACCCCAGGCCUCCGGGGGUCAGAAGUGGGGCUGGAGUAACAGGGAGAACUACCUGGAGGAGGCGUUACUGGGAUCUGCUUUAAGAAAUGAAGAAAUAUGCAAGGUUCCAUCUUGCAGACAGGAGGGAAGCCUGUAGGAUAUUGGCACCACCAGAACUGGGAAAGGUCUAGAAAUCUUGACUGGAGAUUCAAAUCAGCUCAGAGGAACCUAAACUUCAGGCCACAGGCAAGGAGGCACCCGGGGAGGGAGGCUCUCAGGUCAGUGGCCAGAAGAUUGUUGUCAUCCAGGCUCAGAGAUAGGACCCAACUGGCGUGGGGUGGGGGUAGGGGUAUGGCAAAUGUGAGAGAAUAUUCCCUCAGCCCUAGACUCAGAGUCCUCCUGGGGCGGGAGUCAGGUGGGCACUGUUAACCCUGUUUCCUGCAGCCACAGGCAAAAAUCCAAGGCUAGUUUGAGAGGCUGACAAAAAGCUGCCUCAUAAUUCUCUCUCCACCCUGUAGACCCCUCCCUGGUCCAGCCCUGCCCCUUGCAUUUCCCAGUUCCCCCCACCCACUCACUGGCCCCCCAUUUGAGCCCAGGUGGCUCAGAACUCUCCCCAGCCCACUCCACCCUGCUCGGUGACCCCUACCAAGCCCCAGCCUUAGCUGCUUUUUUGCUGCUCAGCCCCAAGCCUUAGCUAUUCCUCCCAGGAAUACCAUUCCCAAACUUCUCACCAAACUGGCUCUAUCCCCACUUUAUAAUCUCAGCCCACCCUUGGCACUGUCCCUCGGUCCCCUGAGUUGGGGUUCAGGCUGCAUGUAAGGAACACAGCACAGAAUCACGGAGACCAACGGAUCCCCAACCUAGGGCCCUGGCCGUCUGCCUUGAAUCGUGGCCCCCACCCUGUCCAGUCAAAACCACAUUUGGAAAUGUGUUUAAAUUUGUCUGUGGCCACUGCAUGAAAACUCAAAUCCCAGGGAAAUAGAACUCUGCACCCAAGCGGAUGAGGUUCCUCUCUCAGUGCCCACAGACAAUGCCCACUUAAUCCUGCGCGGGAGGGAGGUCUGGAGAGUGAGAGAGUUUAAAAGGGGACCCAUUCAGGAUCUGGGUCGAGGAUGUGUCGCCGCCGGUGCCUCAGGGUGAAGAAAGAAGUGCAGAACGAGGCCCAGAGAACGAAUUCCCUUGUGAAGUUGCCAACCAGGGUGCGGGGGGGAGCUCUCCAGAACACACACAGAAGUGGAAGCACCCUGAGGCAUAGUGUUUUGGCCUUAGAAGAGGGAAACAGGCUGAUCGGCGGGGAUUACCACUGGGGACCGCGCCGGCUAGGCAGUCGGGGGCGGGGAGGGGCCACUGCGAGAGGGAGGGGCCCCAGCGGUCGCAGUUGGGCGAGGAAGCUGCGGGGGUCGACCUUUGCGCCAGGCGGGGCCGGGUCGGGUUGGGUCCUUGGCAACUCUGCACCCAGAGGCACUGCCGCGCAGGAGCCAAGCCGCCGCUAUGGACAUCCCGCCGCUGGCGGGCAAGAUCGCAGUUCUGUCGCUCGGCGCCCUCCCGUUGUCCUACGCGCUCAACCACCUCUCGGCGCUCUCAUACUCCCUGGGGGUGGUGUUGAUGAGCGCCCUGAUCCUGGGUCUGCUAUUCUUGGCUAUAUACAGCUUGUCCCGCAGUGACAUUUACUACGACCCACUCUAUGCUGUCUUUGCAGUCUUCGCCUUCACCUCCGUGGUGGACCUCCUUAUUGCUCUCCAGGAAGAUGGCUAUGUGGGAGGCUUCAUGGAGUUCUACACUAAGGAGGGUGAGCCGUACCUUCGCACAGCACACGGGCUCUUCAUCUGCUACUGGGAUGGCAUUGUUCACUACCUCCUCUACCUGGCCAUGGCCGGUGCCAUCCGUAAAAGGAAAAGGUACCGGAACUUUGGACUCUACUGGCUGGGAUCCUUUGUCAUGAGCCUCCUGGUCUUCCUCCCAGGAAACAUCCUUGGCAAAUACAGCUCAGAGAUCAGGCCCACCUUUUUCCUCACCAUCCCCUACGUGCUGGUCCCAUGCUGGGCUGGCUUGAGGGUCUUCAACCAGACCCAGGCAUCAACCUGCUGCACCCCCAACAUGGUGCAGGAGGAGCAAAGAAAGAGCCUUCUGUGGCGCCCAAUUGACCUGGCCCUCAUCAUAUAUCUCACUUUUGCUGCAUUCUUCACCCUCUUUCGGGGCCUGGUGGUGCUUGACUGCCCCAUGGAUGCCUGCUUUGUCUACAUCUAUCAGUAUGAGCCAUACCUGCGGGACCCCGUGGCCUAUCCGAAGGUGCAGAUGCUGGUGAAUAUGUUCUAUGUGCUGCCCUUCUAUGGCCUGGCUAUCUAUGGCCUCAUCUUUCCUGGCUGUUCCUGGCUUCCAGACUGGACCUUGGUGUUUGCUGGAGCCAUCGGCCAGGCACAGUUCUCACACAUGGGUGCCUCCAUGCAUCUACGCACGCCCUUCACCUACCGUGUGCCUGAGGAUAACUGGGCCUGCUUCUUCACGUGCAACCUACUGUAUGCGCUGGGCCCCCACUUGUUGGCCUUCCGCUGCCUGUGGCGCCCUGCCUUCUUCCUACACCCGCCUCCUGGCCCCCCAGCCCACCACGAGAAGCAGCACUGAGGGGGCCAAGAGACUCCACAAGACUCUGUUUACAUGCCCAGCCAGCCCUGCCCCUAGAAGGCUGUUUUGGGAUUUUUAGAGGAGGAGGUAUAUCUCUGGGUGACUUCAGUUCUGGCUAUGGUAAUUUCAGGCCAGUGGGUGGGAUGGGGGUGGAGGGGCCCACGGGCCAGUUGUUUGAGCAGAGAGGGCCAUAGCCAUGCUCAGCUAUCACUUCACCCAAACCGCACAUGGACACCCUCCCAGAAUUCAUCCAUCGUUUCCUCAUGGAUCCUUUUAGUAAAAGUCCUUUUGAUGUA